CGCAGAUCCGCUGCUUCAGCGACGCACGUGUGGAAAUCAGCAUUGAGCGCUGCUAGAACACAAUUAUAUUUUUAUGAUUUAUUAAACUGUAAGAUCGAGUCUCCUUUAGGUAGUUAGAUAUAUAUUUAUGUAAAGAUAUACGCUAUAUAAAUAUUUCUAUACAGUAUCGGCUGUUUCAGUAAGGAGUGUGUGAGGUUUAUUUCGCGAGUGCAGCACGAAGAUGUUUUCCGAUCUGGAUCUGAUCAGAACUAUCGAUGAUAAUGAUGAAGUUCCUGAAGAUCCGGACUCAGCGUCUGACGAUGAAGCCGAGCAGCCCAUCGUGUUGAGUAAGCAGAAGCGUGCUCUGAAGGGCCGCGGCGCUGGAGACUUCAGCGCAGGGUUUGAGUUCGGCGAGCGGGACGGUCUGUACAGCGAGGACUGGGUCAUGGCGGACGUGAUGGCGCAGCUCAAGAAGAGAAAAGCACCCACCACUCUGGACCAGAAGAUCGAGAAAGUGCGGAAAAAACGCAAAAUUGAGGAAAAAACUCAAAAAGAAAGCAAGAAAACAGAAGCUUCAGCCUCUAACCCGGAAAAUGACAAUGAAGAUGAUGAGGAUGAUAAAGAAGGCGAUGAAGAAUCAGGCGGAGAUGAUGAUGAUGAUGAUGAUGACGGUGAAGAGGUAGAUGAAGAUGAGUUCUCAUCAGCUGAUGAAGAGGUGCUCAAAAAAAAGAAAAAAAAGAGGAAAACUGCAGACACUCCCGAAGCGUUUUUUGAAGACGCCUCACAGUUUGAUGAGAACCUCACCUUCCAGGAUAUGAAUCUGUCCAGACCUUUACUGAAGGCCAUCUCUACUAUGGGCUUUAAGCAGCCCACUCCCAUUCAGAAAGCCUGCGUCCCUGUGGGGCUGCUGGGAAAAGACAUCUGUGCAUGUGCUGCCACCGGCACCCACCACUUAAAAUUCUUUCAUCUGGGCAUCCAGGUGCACUCCGUCGCCCGCCACUACAAGCCCAGAGAGACGCAGGUGACGCGUGUGCUGGUUCUGGUGCCGACCCGAGAGCUGGGCAUCCAGGUGCACUCCGUCGCCCGCCAGCUGGCACAGUUCACCAGCAUCAGCACCUGCCUGGCCGUGGGUGGGUUGGACCUGAAGACUAAGGACGCUGAGCUGACGGCGCCACAAGACUUCAUCACCGACACACCGGGACGCUUGAUCGACCAUCUGCACAACACGCCCUCGUUUGAGCUGAGUCAGAUCGAGAUCCUCAUCCUGGACGAGGCCGACAGGAUGCUGGACGAGUACUUCGAGGAGCAGAUGAAGGAGAUCAUCAGGAUGUGCUCCUAUCAGAGACAGACCAUGCUCUUCUCAGCCACCAUGAGUGAAGAGGUGAAGGAUCUGGCGUCCGUGUCGCUGAAGCAGCCGGUGAGGAUCUUUGUGAACAGCAACACAGACGUGGCUCCGUAUCUCAGACAAGAGUUUGUGAGGAUCAGACCCAACAAAGAAGGAGACCGAGAGGCUAUUGUUGCAGCACUCACAACCAUUAAAUCCAGUUAUUGUCCGCAGCUCUCCUGACCCAAGACAUUCCAUGAUCACCAGACGAACAACACAAACGCAAAGACGAAGAAGCAGGCUCACCGCAUGCACAUCCUGCUGGGCCUGAUGGGGUUAAAGGUCGGCGAGCUUCACGGAAACCUGUCGCAGACGCAGAGAUUGGAGAGUCUGAAGCGUUUCAAGGACGAGCAGAUUGAUAUUUUAGUGGCUACAGACGUGGCUGCGAGAGGUCUGGAUAUAGAGGGAGUCAAAACUGUGAUAAACUUCACCAUGCCCAACACCGUGAAGCAUUACGUGCACAGGGUGGGCCGCACGGCUCGCGCGGGGAAAGUGGGCCGAUCCGUGUCUCUGGUGGGUGAGACCGAGAGGAAGAUGCUGAAAGAGAUCGUUAAAAAAGCCAAAACAGCCGUCAAAGCUCGAGUCAUUCCUCAAGAGGUCGUCCUGAAGUUUCGGGAUCUGAUUGAGAAGCUGGAGAAGGACGUGUACGCCGUGUUACGCUUGGAGAAGGAGGAAAAGGAAAUGACACACUCAGAUCUGACCACACUUACCCCACAAAUUCUUCCCCAUAUCAUCAAAACUCAGAAGAGGUUAACUCAGGGCGCAGACGAGAAGCAGGCGCCCAGGACGUGGUUCCAAACGCACGAGGAGAGAAAGAAAGAUCGCAUGGCGAAGGCGCUGCAGGAUUUUGAUUUGGCUCUGAGAGGAAAGAAGAAACGUGCGCAGUUCCUGAAACAGGGCAAGAAGAAAGAGCUAACAGCGGAGGAGAGAGCUCAGUUCGAGGUGCUGAAGUCUCAGAUGUACGCCGAACGAGUCGCCAAACGUGAUCGCAAGCAGAAGCGAGCCAGAGCCAUUCCUGAAGACAGUUCAAAUCCUGACUGCUUAAACGUUCUUCCUCCAGUUUCCAAAGACAAGGGCGGCAGAAAGAAGUCUGUGUUUGACAAGGAGCUGACGAACACCAGCAAGAGAACUCUGAAGCAGUACAGAGCCGGGCCUUCCUUCGAGGACAGGAAGAGACUCGGCAUUCCAAACAAGAAAGGAGGACGCUUCAAGUCAAAGGCCAAGUACAGAAGAAAGUGAAGCCGUGCCUGAUGUGUCAGCGUAACAUCACCCUCUUCAUGAUUUUAUCAUCAUCCUCCCUCCAAACCUUCCCCAAAAUAUACAUCUACAACUUUUAACCUGUUCUUCUGUUUGUCCAUGCAUUUGUCAUGAUAGAGCAGAGUAAAUAUGAACCAAUGACUAAUGAGCAUCAGAAAUAAAAUUGAUUUCCCUCAA